AUGGUUGAUUUUAGCACUUCGAAGCUGAGAACAAGAAAUGUUCGAGCAAUCUCGACGGAGGUAUUGGAAAAAGGAGCCACCAUGUCUGUGCACAAGUAUACAACAAUGCCGGGACUAAAGAAGUUGGCAGGUGACAAAGUCGUUGUGUUUCAUAAGCAGAACUAUCCCUAUGCUGUGUUUUACUGCCAUGCAAUAAAACCAAUAGCAGCUUAUGUUCUCCCCCUGAAAGGUGAUGAUGGGGUGAAGGUUAAAGCAGUAGCCAUCUGCCAUCUAGACACAUCAGAAUGGAACCCAAAGCAUUUGGCCUUCCAAAUCCUCAAAGUUAAGCCCGGAAAAAUUCCCAUCUACCAUUUCCUUCCCACUGAUCAUAUUGUCUGGGUUCCGAACCACAAAUCUGCAUGA